AUGAAACUUGUUAAAUUGUUAAAAAAUACUUUUGCCAUGGCCUUUUUACUUGGUGCGAUUUGGUUGCUAUUUACUUGGAGCAAUGUGGGAAUAUUGAGUUUAGCAACUGAUACGAGAAGUAUUCCAGUUGCCGUGAAGAAUAGACUCUGCUCUGUUAAGUACAAAGAUGAUAGACCCCACAUCAACAACAGUAUGAUGUUGAAAAUGAUAUAUUACGUCACUCCGACAUACCCCCGACCAGAACAAGUGCCUGAAUUGACUAGAUUAGCACAUACUUUGAUGCACGUUCCUAGGAUCCAUUGGAUUAUAGCCGAUGAUCAACCCAUAUGUUCUGAACUCGUAUCCAGUGUCCUUAGACGGACUGGCCUGCCUUAUACGCAUAUAUCAAGCCCUAAACCCUUCAUCUACAAGAGUUCGAAUUUUCCCCGCGGUGUAGCCAAUAGACGAGUAGCCCUUAAUUGGCUACAAGAGCACGUCGCCGAGGGCGUUUUGUACUUCGGCGACGACGACAACACUGUUGAUUUACAACUGUUCGAUGAACUUAGAAACACGAAGAAGGUAUCAAUGUUUCCUGUUGGACUUAUUGGUGACUACGGUGUGUCAUCGCCUAUAGUCAAGGAAGGCAAGGUAGUCGGAUUUUUCGACUCGUGGCCGGCAUAUAGAACGUUCCCAGUCGACAUGGCCGGGUUCGCGGUCAACAUCGGCUUCUUAAAGGAAACCGCCAACAUGCCUUUCAUCGCGGGUCACGAGGAGGACAAGUUCUUAGUUAGUUUAGACCUUCAGAUCGAUGACAUCGAACCGUUAGCCGACAACUGCACUAAAGUCCUCGUCUGGCACACCAAAACUGUCAAAAACAAGAAACCCACGCUGAAAAUUAAUAUUAACAAACUAAAUACGAUAUCGAAGUACCAAAAUUUCGUAAAUCUCCUCAAGGAAAUAUCUAAAUUGGGUAUGGCAGAUAUUAAUCCCGAAACCGGUAUUAAAUCAUACGUGACUCGUAAUACGAGGACUUCUGAAAUGUUAGCCGAUUAUGAGUAAUUCUUUCAGGGGUAUUAUGAGGCGUAAAUGCGUUAAUAGAUAUCCGUAAUCUGAAAAGGUUAAUCGGGAAAUCUUGGCAGGGUUUUGACUUAACAUGUCGUAAUAGUAAAAAAAAUGUUUACUUUUCGCUCAAAUGAAAAUUGACGUCCGAUUUUUUCACUAUUUCAUAGCGUAGUUGAAAAUCCUCAUGUUAAAUAAUCGUACCUCAUAGUAUCGCUGUAUUUAUUCCAAGAAAAAUUGGGAUUUUGGAUUGUUAAUACUGUUUUAUUAACAAAAAUUCACGUUUACUGUUGUUACCUUUUAUCGAUUAUAAAUAAUAUUAAUGAA